UCUGUAAAUUGGCUCUGAGUGUGUUUCAGUGGGACCCACACUGCGGCUGAUGUGACCCGUUUUCAGAUGCAGUGAUGAGAGGAGCAGGAGGGGGGCAUCGCGCAGUGAAGAGUGAGCUGCAGUUUGGGACGGGAAGGUUUGAGGAGAGAGACGAGAUGACUUAAUCUCCUGCUUCAGGAAACAUAAUGAUCAUUACCUUAGUUUCCAAGAUGGCAAUGGUUGAUACGUUGGACACAGCAGAUACCUCCAUCGCUUUUUCUCACCAGCAGGCUUGCCUACAGAUAUGAUUCAGCAAUACAAGCAUUUAAGACCAUGUGGAGUAUGCCGACAAUGUAUUUAAAGGCCACUUUAGUCCUGUCGCUGUUCUUGCUGUCUGCAUUGGCCAGUAAUAUCUAUGAGAGAUCAGUGGUUCCCAGAGCUGCGUCUCGUUCGGUGGCCCGAAUGGACGGUGAUAUAAUUAUUGGAGCCCUGUUUUCUGUCCAUCAUCAACCGUCUACAGAGAACGUGGCAGAGAGAACGUGCGGAGAGGUCAGAGAGCAGUAUGGCAUUCAAAGGGUGGAGGCGAUGUUCCACACGCUGGACAGAAUCAACUCAGACCCCAACCUUCUACCCAACAUCACCCUGGGCUGCGAGAUCAGGGACUCUUGCUGGCAUUCCUCAGUGGCUCUGGAGCAAAGUAUUGAGUUCAUAAGGGACUCUCUCAUUUCGAUCCGGGAUGAGAAGGAAGGAACAAAGUGGUGCAUUGAUGGAACUCCAUCCAGCCAGCCACCUGCCACUAAGAAACCCAUUGCAGGUGUGAUUGGACCUGGCUCCAGUUCAGUGGCCAUCCAGGUUCAAAACCUGUUGCAGCUCUUCAACAUCCCCCAGAUUGCCUACUCCGCCACAAGCAUUGAUCUGAGUGAUAAAACCCUCUAUAAAUACUUUCUCAGGGUUGUGCCUUCAGAUACUCUUCAAGCCAGGGCCCUCUUGGACAUUGUUAAACGGUAUAACUGGACUUAUGUUUCAGCUGUGCACACUGAAGGAAACUACGGGGAGAGUGGUAUGGAGGCAUUUAAAGAGCUGGCAGCUCAGGAGGGUCUGUGCAUUGCCCAUUCUGACAAGAUCUACAGCAAUGCUGGAGAGAAGCACUUUGACAGGCUGCUGAGGAAGUUAAGGGAGCGUCUGCCUAAAGCCCGUGUGGUGGUGUGUUUCUGCGAGGGCAUGACGGUGCGCAGCCUACUUAUGGCUAUGAGAAGAUUGGGUGUGGCUGGAGAAUUCCUCCUUAUUGGAAGUGAUGGCUGGGCAGACAGAGACGAGGUGGUGGAAGGCUAUGAACAGGAAGCUGUAGGAGGCAUCACUAUGAAGCUUCAGACUGAGGAGGUCACGUCUUUUGAUGAUUACUUUCUGAAGCUGCGUCUCGACACAAACACAAGGAAUCCAUGGUUUGCUGAGUUCUGGCAACAUCGCUUCCAGUGCCGCCUCCCUGGACACCCUCAGGAAAACACAAACUACAGGAAGAACUGCUCAGGUUAUGAAAGUCUGGAGGACAACUAUGUGCAAGACAGUAAGAUGGGUUUCGUCAUAAAUGCCAUCUAUGCCAUGGCUCACGGCCUUCACGAUAUGCACCAGCACCUUUGCCCUGGCUAUUUGGGCCUGUGUGAGGCCAUGGAUCCCAUCGAUGGCAGUAAACUACUGGAUUUCCUGCUCAGGACCUCCUUCGCUGGCGUGUCUGGAGAAGACGUGUGGUUUGACGAGAAUGGAGAUUCACCUGGCAGGUACGAUAUAAUGAACCUGCAGUUUGUGGAGCCUGGUGUGUAUGACUACAUUAACGUGGGCUCCUGGCAUGAGGGCGUGCUGAGCAUUGAUGAUUAUAUGAUCCAGAUGAACCGCAGUGAGAUGGUCCGCUCUGUCUGCAGUGAGCCCUGUUCUAAAGGGGAGAUCAAGGUGAUCAGAAAAGGAGAAGUAAGCUGCUGCUGGAUCUGCACUGCCUGUAAGGACAAUGAGUACGUUCAGGACGAGUUCACCUGCAAGGCGUGUGAGCUGGGCUGGUGGCCUGAUGAAGAGCUACAUGGCUGCGAACCUAUUCCCCUGCGCUAUCUGGAGUGGGGUCACCCUGAAUCCAUUGCAGCAGUGGUCUUCUCCUGCCUGGGCAUCCUGGUGACCAGUUUUGUCACUUUCGUCUUCAUCCUGUACAGAGACACUCCUGUGGUCAAGUCCUCCAGCCGAGAGCUCUGCUACAUCAUCCUGGCUGGGAUCUUCCUGGGUUACAUCUGCCCCUUCACCCUCAUAGCCCGACCCUCAUUGGCCUCUUGCUAUCUGCAGCGCCUCCUAGUUGGGCUCUCGGCCUCCAUGUGCUACUCAGCGUUGGUCACGAAGACCAACCGCAUCGCCCGCAUCCUGGCAGGCAGCAAGAAGAAAAUCUGCACGCGAAAACCACGCUUCAUGAGCGCCUGGGCUCAAGUGGUCAUCGCCUUCAUCCUCAUAAGCGUGCAGCUGACACUGGAGAUCACGCUCAUCAUCCUGGAACCGCCAGAGCCCAUCAAGUCUUACCCCAGCAUUAGAGAAGUCUUCCUGAUCUGCAACACGAGCAACAUGGGCAUGGUGGCUCCGCUAGGCUACAACGGCCUACUCAUCCUCAGCUGCACCUAUUACGCCUUCAAAACCCGCAAUGUUCCAGCCAAUUUCAACGAAGCCAAAUACAUCGCCUUCACCAUGUACACCACCUGCAUCAUCUGGCUGGCUUUUGUACCCAUAUACUUCGGCUCGAACUACAAAAUAAUAACCACCUCCUUCUCAGUCAGCCUGAGUGUGACCGUGGCUCUUGGAUGCAUGUUCACUCCCAAGAUGUACAUCAUCAUCGCUAAGCCAGAACGCAACGUGCGCAGCGCCUUCACCACCUCCGAUGUGGUGCGCAUGCACGUGGGUGACGGCAAGAUUGCCUGCCGGAGCAACAGCCUGCUCAACAUGUUCAAGCGCAAAAAGAACGCACCAGGAAAUGCAAAUUCUAAUGGAAAGUCUGUGUCAUGGUCUGAACCAGGUUCAAGACAUCCUCCGAAAGGAGAACACAUGUGGCACAGACUGUCUGUGCAUGUGAAGAGACAAGAGGCCGGCUCCAAUCAGACGGCUGUCAUCAAACCUCUAACUAAUACCUACAAUAACUCAGGCCUGGAGUUUUCAGACCUGAGCACCAAGACUCUGUACAAUGUCGCUGAGGAGGACGAGGGGGAGCCGAUCAGGUACAACCCCCCGGUCAGCCCUGCUCUGAUUGCUCACAGGCAGUCGCCGGUCUGCGAGUCCAUGAAGGAAGUGGCCAUAGAGCAGGACUUUUAUAAACCUGAGCUGCAGCCUCAGCAACAUGUUAUUGCAGACCACCUCCAAGAGGUGGCGAGCCAGUUUGGCGCCAGUGUGACUGACCUGGACGACAUCAUUAGCUUGCCUGAGCCGGACAGUGUGUUCAGGCCUCCGUAUCAGCCCCUUAUCCUGCAGACCCAGCCCUCGCCCAUGCUCAUACAGCUGGGCACCUACUCUAAGGAGCCCAUCUCCCCACUGGAGGAGGAGAUGGAAAUGGAGAUGGAAAUGGAGAUGGAGAAUGAGAACGAGCAGUUCGGUCUCCUCCAUGGCUACAUGUACGACAAUGCACAAAUCCACGAUGAAGAGGAGCUGGUGCAAAUCAAGCUAUCCAUGGAGGAUUCACUAGCUCUCAUGCCACCCUCGCCUUUCCGGGACCCUUUUGGCUCUCGAAGGCACAUCCCCAACUCCCCUGUGUCUGAAUCCAUUCUGUGCACCCCACCCAGUGUAACAUACGCAUCUGUUAUCCUGAGAGACUACAAACAAAGCUCCUCUACUCUGUAAAGGAGCUUUCUUAAAGCAAAAAAAAAGAAAAUGGCAUCCCAGUAUCAUUCCAUAUGAAAUCAAACGGGAAAAGCAGCUUCACAGCUUGAACAAGCACACCCGAGCUCGAGCACAUUUGGAAGAAAAGGGAUUUUCUCAGCAUUUAAUCACUUUACUGGGCUGAAGAAUUUUACAUCAUUCACUUUUGUCAGAAUUGAUCAAAAAGACUUUCAUGAAUUUACAACAUUGUAGCUGUACAUGGUCUUAAUUAUUCUUCAUGAAACUCUAGAUAGUAGAAUUUGUGAAUGUGAUUUCUACUAUUAAUAUAACAUUUUAAAGUUCAAUAUUAAAACACAGUUUGCAAUAAGAAAAAGUACCAGUAUUAGAUAUGUUGCCAUCAUACCUUAAGGCAGCAUAGUUAUCCUCGUUUGAAUAUUUUAACAUCCACAUAUGCAGUAAUGUAAGUGCAAAUAAAAAGUAUGUUGUAUGUAUAAAGUUGAUCUAUAUUUAUAUAGCAGAUGCCUGUUAAAAUAUAGCAAAAAAACAGAUUAUGUUUAAGUGCCAAUGUCAGUGCUAUGACGUCAUCAUGUGUCAAGGUUACAUGUUUACAACAUAAUGACUGUCCUGUACAGAUUAACUUUGGAUGUUUUAUUUAUUUAUAAUUAUUUAUAAGUGCGAAAUCCAGCCUGACAUAUGUUUUCAUUUUAGACAAAUUCUGACAGUGUCAAACAUUGUCUUGCAUUUCUUGUUUGCUUCUUAUUUCUUAUUUUUUUCUAAAAACUAUUAUAAGCAACUGUUUUAUCACAGAAGUUAUCUGCUGUUGAGUGUUUGACUGUGUUAUAUUAAGUGAUAUAUUUAAGUAAUAUAGUAUUUAAGGAAGCACUUCUGCUCAGCAGUGUCACCGACGGCAGUUUCUCCAGAAUGUAGCUUAAAUCAAAAAUAUAUGGUAAAUACUCAGCAUCAGCAGCAUGACUGGUGUUUUAGAGCAUAGGCAGAAAUAACAUUUGAGUUAUAACCUUUUAAGUUGUACUCAAGAUGAAUAUACCUGUUUUAAAGUGUUAAGUGAAUAUAGAAUUUUGUCUUGUAUUUGGGUCAAUUUUAGAAAGAUAUUUAUUGAUUAUUAUUGGUGUUUAAUAACAGAUUAUUUUCUGUUUCAGUGCAAUAUUCUCAGAAUUUCAGCAGCUUUUAAUAGGCUAGACUUUAUAGCUUAGCUGUAACAAAGAGCUGUUGUUCUACUGUAUCAAAUUGCCCUGUGUUAAAUCAACAAUGUUAGUGUUAUAUUUUAAGACUCACAGUGGUAAUUUAACACUCAGUGAUGAUUUAACACUGGACAGUUUCAUGUGAACUAUUACUAUGGAUGUAUGGGUUUAGAAAAAAUAACUCUAAAGCUUCUUAUGUUAGCUCAUAACCCAUAAACCCAGUUUGGAAAUAGGAUAGUACCAUCUGUUCCUUCUGUCCUAACUUUUUUGCUGCCUAUUACAAUGUAGAUAUAUUGUAUUAAGCUACAAUAUACUUUGUAUUUCUUCUAAUAGUUAACAUUAGUUUGGACACGUUUAGAAUUAUGUUUUUCUUAGUUCUG